AUGGUCGCCCUCGAAGAUGCGUCCGGGAGUCUGCUCCAAGGACCUGACAGCCAUGUUCCGCAUGAGGUCCCGCCCCGGGCAGCCUCCUCGUACAAGCCCCUCAGCACCUUUCUCCUCGACAAGCAGCGCUCCUAUAAGCAGCAAUAUGGUGACAUGUACUUCCUGCGCCUCACAAAGAUCAAGCCCGCCGUCGACGAGGCGGCCAGCGCGGCCUGGGGGGGCACCGUGAUCGGAGGCGAGGAGGCCACAAAGGUCGACCGGGUCCUCGACGUGCGCCAGGGCGAGCUGUGCUGGGUCUCGGGCACCGUCUACAUGGAUAUGCCGCUCAAGCCCAACAUUCUCGACGACGUGUCCAAGGACCGCUGGAUCUCGGCCCCCAUCUCGACGCAAAAGUACUACUCGGAAGACGAUGCCGAUCAAAUCAUGCUCGAGGACGAGUCGGGCCGCGUUCAGCUAGUCGGCGAGCUGCUCAAGGCCUUUCCCAUGGUCACGGGAUGCAUCAUCGCCGUCAUGGGUACCGAGAACAGCAGCGGCGAAUUCGAGGUCAUCGACAUCAAAUUCCCCGACCUACCCCCUCAGCCCGGCCGCUGGGCUCUCACUGGACCAGCGGCCUCCUCCAGCAAAAAGAGCAAGGAAGGCAUCGCCUUGGUUUCCGGCCUGUCCUUCUCGGGGACAGACGCAUCUCACAGCCUGGAGCUAAGUCUACUGCUUGAGUAUCUGCUCGGGGAAUCCCUAGGGCCUCCGGCGCAGGCCGACGCGUCGCGCAUUAGCCGACUCAUCAUUGCCGGCGACUCCAUCUCGACCGCGGACCGCAAGCUCGACGAGGGCACGGCCGAUAAAAAGGCCAGCAAAAAAUACGGCUACGAUGCUAGUGCGUAUAAUGCGCUUCCGUCGCAGCUCUUUGACGACUUCGUCUCCGAGCUGCUACCCUCUAUACCCGUCACCUUGAUGCCGGGCGCCCAGGACCCGGCCAACGCGAGCUAUCCGCAACAGCCGAUUCACAUGGCCAUGUUUCCCCGCGCGAGGAGAUACGGCCCGGAUCCUUCCAAGCCGGCGGCGCCGGCGGGGGCGCCGGGCUGGUUCGACACUGUGACGAAUCCGUUCGAAGCCGAGGUGGACGGCUGGAGGAUGCUAGGCACGGGCGGGCAGAACGUGGACGACGUCUUCAAAUACACCGAGAGCGACGACAGGCUGGGCAUGAUGGAGGCUAUGUGUCGGUGGAGAUGCUGUGCGCCGACUGCGCCCGACACCCUAUGGAGCUACCCCUUUCAGGAAGACGAGCCCUUUGUGCUGAAGACGUGCCCGCACGUGUACUUUGUCGGCUGCCAGCCCGAGUUUUCGACCAGGGUGAUCCAGGGGCCUGAGGGCCAGUCGGUGCGGCUCAUCACCGUGCCUUCGUUUGCGGAGACGAAGGAGCUGGUGCUGCUCGACACGGAGACGCUAGAGGUAACCAAGGUCAAAAUCGACGUGGCGUAG